AUGUUGCAAUCUGUUGGCAGCGAACAUGACAGCCACUAUGAGUCUGGCCACUCCAACUCUAUCGAGGCAUUAGUGGCAGCACGAAACGAUGGAAAGAAGCAUCUGCUCCUCGCGUACGCUCCCUGCUUCCCGAGCUCCCUCCCGGUCAUCGUCGCGGCUCUAGACAAGUACCAGGAUAGUCUCUCGAUCCGUAUCGUCCUGACCGAGUCGGCCACCCAUUUCCUAAGUGGGCAAAGUGACGAGCAGCCCACUGUCGACUCGCUGUUGUACUUACCCAAUGUCGAUGCCGUCUACCGCGACCAUCACGAGUGGGGCCCCCGGCCGUGGCGCCGGGGGGCCAGGGCCGAUAUGCUCGUCGUGGCACCACUUAGCGCAAAUACUCUAGCCAAGGUUCGCACUCGAUUAUACGGCAGACGUGACCGUCGACACAAGCCUCGGAUACUGACAAAUUCGACUCCUGCCAUGUGGAGAAACCCCGUCACAAACAAGCAGAUCCGGGUGCUCACAGACGACUGGGGCGUCAAGGAGAAGGCAACGGGUCCCGCCAGCGAAACACGCUCGAUUAUCGGCUGGUUCAAGGUCAUCACUCCCAUUAGCAAAACCCUCGCCUGCAGCGACACCGGAGAUGAUCAAUCCUUCCGCUCUACCGCCGCAACAUCGUCGUCCGAUGGCGCUAACCCUAUUUACGUAGGGGCCAUGGCGUCGGUUGAGUCUAUUUGCGAGGCUAUCGAGCGGGAUUUGAAUUUGACGGUGGAGAAUUGA